CUCCGCGAGCAGCGCCGCGCACGGAGCAGGCGGCCGCUUGGGCUCGGCGCGGAGCCGGGAGCCCGGAGCCUGCAGCCGGCCGUCGCCUGCUCCUGUGCGCCGGGCGCCAGCCCCUGCCGCGCUGCCCGGCAGCCGGAGAGCGCGCCCCGCCAUGGAACCCUCUCACAAAGACGCCGAGACGGCGGCGGCGGCCGCAGCGGUGGCGGCGGCGGACCCCCGGGGGGCGUCCUCGUCCAGCGGGGUGGUGGUGCAGGUCCGCGAAAAGAAGGGCCCCCUGCGCGCCGCCAUCCCCUACAUGCCCUUCCCCGUGGCCGUCAUCUGCCUCUUCCUCAACACUUUCGUGCCAGGACUGGGGACAUUCGUCUCGGCCUUCACCGUGCUGUGCGGGGCCCGCACCGACCUCCCAGACAGGCACGUGUGCUGCGUCUUCUGGCUGAACAUCGCGGCAGCCCUCAUCCAAGUGCUCACAGCCAUCGUCAUGGUGGGCUGGGUCAUGAGCAUCUUCUGGGGCAUGGACAUGGUCAUCCUCGCCAGCUACAAGGAGCAGGGCAUCCCACAGCAGCUGUGAGCCCGCGGGAACUGCUGGGGAGAUCCAGGGGGCCCAGUGAGGGCUGCAUCAAGCAGCUUUGGGCACACGGACCAUUACGUGUUCUCUUCUGCCAUUUUCUGGACUGGGGGUGGAAAGGGGGUAUUUUUAAAAAUAUUAUUUAUCUUGAAAACGCAUCUGCUUUUCUCAGCAGGUUGUGAGGGCUGCCAGUCCCUCCUGCUCCAGAAAGCACUGUGGGCGCAGGCACCAGAGCACCAGAGAGUGGGGUGGAGAUGAGAACGCCCACAGGGAAGCUGGAUGCUCCAGCAGGCUCCAACCCGCCUUGCCGUGCCCACUGUCCACUGCAAGGGCAUGCCACAGCUGCUGGGCCGGGCCACACCGGGCCCUGUCUCACAAAGGGUUCAGGACUGUGGUAGACCCGUCCUCUGGGACCCCACCCACCUCAAAAUCUAGCACCUCAAGUAUUUACUGUGUGGCCUCCUGAGGGCAGCACCAGGGUGGGGGUGAGGAUGGCCAGGCUCCACCCCAGUGUGGGAAGGCCCACUAUGCCCACAGCUGGCCUGAGGCCUCCGGGAGAAGACCAGUCUCACAGGUGUCUCCUGGGCGGCCUCCCUGACUGCACCCCUCGCCUCCUUGCCACUGAAAUCGAAGGGCUAGGUGUGUUGUGACCUGUGUUUUCUUGGGAAGGAGAGGAGUGGAUCCUUCCCUGCGGUGAAACUGCCAGAAUUACCAGACGUUUAUACACAAAAUUAUUAGACUGAAGUGGGAAUGGGCAAACUAGCAGGCUUUUACCCUAUACUUAACCGCAUUUCUGGCCCACACUCCUUUUUCUGAAGUCAUUGGGGCCAGAUGUGUCUCUGAGUUGAGAAAUUUCAGAUUUGAGAAAGGCAAUGUGAUCCGUUUAUUGAAACACUUUCUAACCUUCCAGCAGAGUGUGGGUCAUCCCGCCUACUAUCAGGCACGUGACCAUUUCUGCAGAGAAACGUGACUAGUCCCAUCAAUUGGGAUCCAUACAAACUGUAAAUAGCCUCAGCUCACUUCAGUCUAAUUUUACCGCUAAGUAACUUAGGGAAAACUUACCAUUUGAGAGCUUUUGGGGUUUCAGAAUUGCAGAAAUAAUGGUAUGGGGUUGUAGACCUGGAUCUGAAAAUCCUACUUGCGGACGGAUGCGUUAGAGGGUGACAUUGUCGAUAUUAUACUGGGACUCCUUCAGGUGCCGAGGGACCCUGGGCCUCUUUAAGAAGCCCCUCUGGAAGUGAUUGAAAUAAGGCUAGAUGCCUAAUGGGGGCCUCGGGGUGGGGAGAGUCGAGCAGAAGUUGUCCAGGCUACUAUGGAUCAAGUAUCAAUCUGAAGUUAAGAGAAAGGAGAACCCAAAAUUAUACUAAGAGGAUGGACAUUUACACAUCUGUUUCAUUCCAUUUUCAUUCUAACACAGGAAACACUAACAAGUGGAACUGGCCCGAAGUCUAGCUUCUGACUCCACUUGACGUAGGGCCAUUGGGCAUGACCGUCUUUGAAGGGCUUGUUUGUCUAUCAGAGACUCCGUCAGAACUCCAUGAAGGCAGGAGAAGGGAUUUUGCUGAAUGAAAGUGCUUGGGAAGUAGUGGCCACCGUGCUGGGGGUCCCAGCCCACCUACCCCAUCCACUGGCUUUCUAAUCACAGUCCUGCCUGAGCAGCAGGGCUGGAGCACCCUGCAGACUGGACAGCUCCCGAUAUCCCUAGAGAAACAGAAGCCCCUGCAGCUACUCACUCACCCUGCCCCGACUUGACUCCCGGCCUGUCCUGCCCUGCGGCCCACCCCUUAACAUGGAUCCCUUAGCUACUCUCCCUCUUCCAUCGCUGCCUGGGGCUGGGCUGCCAUGUUGGAACACCUGACAGUGUCUGUCGCAUCCUGUCCUUUCUUCUUACCAACCCCAAUCCAGGCCUUUUGCCUUCUUCUUUCCUGUCUGAAAGUCUGUGUCUUCAACGUAUGGGAUCAGAUUUGGUUUUCUCUAAAAAGCUAGAACCUUCUGCUGUGUGCAGCGGGCAUCCUCCAGGCUGGCUGCUCGCUGCUCUCGAGGAAGCUGCAUGAGAGCGGAGCCGCCCCUCUACUCAGAUAAAAUAGCUUCAGCUGCAGGAAGCCGCCCCCUCCCAUGCCUGCCAGCCCACAGCCCUUCACCCCACAUAGCCCCCACAGUUUGCCCGACUCCCCCUGAGUGAUGACAGGUCCUGGGGGGGCCGCCCCCACACAUAGGAGGGAGAAGCUUAGUUUCCCGGCUUGGGCUGGGGGUGGCUGCUGAGGGGGUGGAGCAGAGAUAGCAAUUUAUAUUGCAUGUUUAGUGACACAAUCCAGAUGCAGGUGGGACUUUCUUGAGUGGCAGGUGUCACCCUGAGUCCUGUGUGGGAUGGCUUAAUAGAGGGGUUUGUGUGUUUGUGUGCAUGGAGGGCCACUGCACCCCCAGAUCCUCCUCUCCCCUGAGGGCUGCGUCUCUAAACCUGGGAACACAUCAGCCUCAGGAGGAGGCCCUUUUCCGGGUAACUGGUGUGUGGGAGAAGCCAAGAGGCCCCUGCCUGUCUCCUGAAUGAGGCUGUGAGGGUUGCCACGUGGGUGGCACAAGUUCAAAAUAUCCCCCCGCCCCUCUAAAUUAGACCACGGUCUCAGCACAAUCAUCUUCAGUAGAUAAGGGACGGUGGCUGAUUUACUCCAAGUAGUUCCAGCUGGCUCCUCAGACCAGGGCCAGAGUUAACGUCUCAAACAGCAGCCGGCUGAAAAUUGGGGUUCUCGUGCUGGCAAGUGCUUGGCUGACGCCCAACCCUUUGGUGACGAAGCUGGGCUUUGCCUUGGUAGUGCAGACAAGGCUGUUGGCUCAGAGGUUGCAGGGCAGGUUCGCCACUGGAAUUCAGUAGGAUGCACCCUGGCUGUGUGUAUUUUGGGCAGGAAUCCCAGGUGUGCAGAGAACGUCAGAGGCAAUGAGAUGCUCCCAGGACCCAACUGUGACACUGGGAUCAGGGUGGCCAUUCCCUUGGGCCAGAGUGAGCCGUGGGUGGCCUGGGCAUGUCCCGCGGACGGUGGAGACUGUCGAUUUGGAUGUUGAGCUCCGAGUCAGUUUAAGAAGUCAGGACCUCAGGCGGGGAGGGCUAGGGCCCCAUGGGAGCAGCAGGAGUCUGAUGGCUCCUGGCUGUGGCCCCCCGCCUGCCUGCCUAGCCUAGUAUCGGGGCUGCAGGGCAGAAGCUCUGCUACUGGGGCACUCCCCAAUCUGCCACACUACUGGCCUUCCCAAAGUAAGGAGGAGGCAGGCAGCAUGGUCCCCACCCUCAGCUGCCCCAGUCCCACACAUCCAGCCCCAGGGCUUUUUAGCUCCUGGGAGGGGAGAUACCUUUGUGAGUUUCAGAUGUCAGACCUGCAGCUCAGAGAGAGAGUAAGUCAUGUGCCCGUAAACACUCUACUCUUAAGUGGCAGGACGGGCACGUGGCCAGGUUGGGUCACCCCCACAGCCUGUGCCAUCUACGCACUCAUUACAGCACC